AUGCCUGUGCCAGUCGCCGCUUCCACGGCCGUCGUCGCUCCCUUGGGCGGUCCAAUAAUCUCUACCAAGGCAGAGGGCAACCAGCAACAGUCCGUGCAACCCUCGAAGAGUCCCAAGGCCGUGCGCUUCGCUAACACCAAAGACCUCGAGACCUAUCGACCGCAAUUGGAUUCACACUACCCGACGCCCUACGCGGCCCGAACUGUACCGCAGAACGGGUCCACCACGCGCCGCUACACCAUUGACGAGGUGGAACUCUACUUCAGUGAAGACCGUCCUGAAUUCCCCGUGGGAUUGAGCGACUACGCAGUGCAAAAAGCUGCCAAACGUGAGAAUUUCGUUCUCUGCGGAUUCAUCGAGACCCGCCGCGUGAAAUUGGGUAUCACCAGCUGGAACAAAUCUUGGGCUGAGCUGUACGCCGGCAUUUUGGUCUUGCGCAAGUUCAAAGACACUAUUCAACGUAAAAGGUCACUGGUCCCCGUCGCCGGCGCGCGAUUGGAGUUCCUCGACUUUAAAGACAAAGUUAUGCAAGUAGAUUAUCUGUACCAGGGCAAAAGUGAGAGCAGCACUCUACGGUUCCAGACCAAACAGGAUAUGUUCCUCUGGUGGUGGUCUAUCCAAGUUGCCGCUCGUGUUCCAAUGGAACCGCAAAUGCUUCACAAGUGUAUGAGUCGUGCAACAUUGUCACCAUUCCAGAUUAAAGAAGGCACUUACCAAGUAGAUGAUGUGCUGUUUCCCAAGUUUAUUCAACCGGUUCUAAACCCUCUGAAGAAAAAGAUACAAACUCCUCGAGGAGUUACGCACCUCAUCUUUAUACGCCACGGAGAGACUGAAAACAUCAAUUUCCGCGUGUGCGACCGCGAUAAAAGACUCACAAAACGGGGAGAGCAGCAGGCUGAGAUCACUGCCAAGUCGCUGAACAAGAUGUUUAAGCUAAGAGGAGAUGGCACCCCGAGUGUCACUUUGGUGUAUGGAGGACUGCGGCGAACUGUCGAGACGGCUGCGGUUUUUGCCAAAAAGUUGCCAUGGGCUGCCAAAAAGUACGAGUGUAGUUUUCUCGAAGAUGGAGCGCCCAAGAAUGUAGACGUUUUCCACCGUUACGACUACCGGGAGGCAAUGCACAAAAUGGCGUUUCAGAAUAUUUGCCGUUGGGAUGGAGAUGACGCCAUGGCGCGUGGACCGAAAGGAGAGCCAGAGAAUUUUAAACUCAUUAUUGCGCACACGAGCUUCAUUCAGUACUGCUUGGCGCAGUGCUACGGCGUUCCCAAGGAGAUUAUUCAACUAGGAGCCCCUAUCAGUCAUUGCAGCAUCACGCGCGUUGAUCUGAGGUCCAACGACGAACUGGAGGGCAAAUUUGCCAAUCGAGUUUCGCACUUGCCGCUCACACACCAAACGAGUGAGUAA